CUCACUCUCUGUAUGGGAAUCAGACACUUGGACGACAAGGUCGACCUUGCUGGGUUUAUUAUUAUUCCAGGUGAAGAUUGGAUCCGUCAGGGCACUGGGUACAUUUCCCGUUAAUGGAGCAAGCAGUAUUGUUUAUGCUUAUAUCUGUCCCUCUCUGUGGGUCCUCCACAUUCGAUGUCCGCCAGCCCAGACGAGUCUCUUCUCCCAUGGACAGCUCCGCCAUGUUGGAAUGCUCGCUGGAAGGGGAGGUGCUGUUGGAUUAUAGCGUCCAUUGGAUGAAGCAAAUCCCGGGAGCGGCGCCCAAUCACAUCCUGAGUCAGGAGAACGACUCUAGCAUCCGGUGGUCAGAUACGUACUCCAAGCGUUUCCAGCCAAUUAGAAACAGCCACAAAACAAAUUAUCUGCAAAUUACCCAAGUCGCUACAAACGACAGCGCCAUCUACUGGUGUGUAGUGGUGACGAAAUCUUACUACCCCGUGUGGGGCGGAGGAACAAAGCUCAGUGUUUUUGGUGGCCAGGAUGUCAUGGCUCCAUCUGUGACUCUUCUGAGCGGCAGAGACUCUUUGAAUAACUCAUCCAUUCUGCUCGUUCUUUGUUUGGUCAGUAAUUUCUAUCCUCCAGUUAUCGAGGUGACCUGGAAGCUGGAAGGCCAAGUAAAGUCAAGAGAAAGCACCUCAAUGCCCUCGUUCUCAGCUGGAGACAAUUCGUUUAGUUUGGCCAGUGUCUUAGAGCUUCCCGUCCCCCCAGAGCUGACAUUCUCAUCUGUUUCAUGUGAAGUCCGUCAUGAUUCUUCGAGGACACUGAUUUCCAAAAACAUACAUAACUGCUAUAGCAAUACAUUGGAUUAAAUGAAUUCUGUUAGUUGUACUAGAAUAAUACACAAUAAAUGUCUUCACAAACUAAA